AAAUAAAACAUCACUUCCGCUGUGGAAACUGCGACGGGAAUCUGGAGAGACUGUAGGCGUAUUUCCUGGAUGCUUGGAACUUGUGCCUUGAUUUGUUUUGUCAGUCCGUGAGACUGUUCAGGUGUAACCAGGAUGUCUGUCUCCAUGUCCACGACAGAUGGGGUCACAGUGUUCACUGUGACAUCUGACCCAAACAGUAGUUUGCCUCCACUUUUCCAAAUUCUCAAGGGCAUGUGCUACAACCCUGUGUGCUGCACCUUGUCUGAGAACCUGAGGAGAGUCCAGGGAAGAUCUCAGUCCAUACUUGGGGCUUUACAUAUCAUGGUUGGCUUCUUCAACAUCGGUCUUGGGCCUACAAUGCUCUCUACACCCGGUGGAUCGUCUGGUUUUGCUUUUUGGUUGGGAGGAAUGUUCAUUCUCUUUGGGAUCUUUUGCAUUCUGUCUGAGCGAUACCCAAGUCCCUGCCUGGUCAUCAUCAACGUGAUUUUGAACCUGUCUGGAGUUGGGUUUGCGAUCGCAGGUGCGAUUCUUUACGGCAUCAACAUAGCAACCACCUAUUUCUGGUCAAUGUGUGAAGAAGAUUUCUGGGAACAAAGUCCUGAAGAUGUGAAGCCAACUUCAACCAGCAGCAGUCAGCUGAUGGAGAGUUGCCUCGAGGCCAAAUCUCAGCUCAUUAUGAUUCUACAAACCAUCAACUCUUUGCUGAUCAUCAUGUCAGCUCUGGAGUUGUGUCUGUCCAUCAGCUCAUCUGUGCUGGGCAUCAAGGCUCUGAAGAAGCGGCAGGAUCCGGAGGAAAAGACCACUUGUGAUCCAGAGAUUUGCAGCCCACUUAUGGAGCAAGAUGACUCCCGACCCUGAGCGGCAAAAUGAAGAAUUACCUGCCUCCUUUAUAUGCUGCUUUUUUACUAUUCAUUAUAAACGCUACAGUACAAUGUAAAGUACAUAGAACACAAUGGCUAAGAAAAGCAUAUUUUAAACAUGUAUGGGAACAUUGCAGACAGAUUGAUGCAGAAGCAACAUUAGUUGUUCAUCUUAGGUUUGGUGUGGGACUUGUAUAUGUGGACUGUGGUCAAUACCAAGGUAUUUGUUUUCUAAAUAUAUGUACUUUUUUACACUUUUGCACCACUGUGUUCAGCUCUUCUUCCUUUUCCUACUAGCUAGAAUGUGUAACGCAUCAAUCACAACGCAGAGCCUAGUAACUGCGAUACAGUAUGACCAGUGAACGUCUGUAUGUUAACUGAAAAAGAUCUUUGAGAUCAGAGAACUGUGAAGUACACUUUCAUUUAAAUUGAUCUGGAAAACAGGUGACGACACAGUCCAGGUGAGAAUGUAGGUGAGGCGACGCCCAUGUGCCCUUCUUACAAUCAUUUAUACAGGGUCACCAGUUGUUCUCUUUUCUCCUGACGUGUGUCUUGUGAGAGCAAGCAAAUGGGGAAAAAUCAAAAUCAUCCUGGAUUUUUCAUGUUCUUUGUUUCAACAUGUUGACAUCGACAACCAUGUCAUCGGUUCACUGCUUUCUCCCUUUUGGUAUGAGAUUGGUCAGCACAUGAUGAACAAUGUUCUUUUUGAAAAAAAAAAGUAAACAAAUAAAAAGAAUCAUAUCUGGUUGUCC